AUGUGUUGCAAUUGCUGCAGUGUCCGCCAGCAGAAGAUCUGGGUCUUUGGCCUGGCUGGUGUGUUCCUGGCCAUUGGAGUCUUAUUCGUUGCCGCUUGGCCAGCGGUUUCCCGUCAUUGGAUACGUAGCAUUAUGCCGCUGAGCCCCAACUCCUUCAUGUACAAGCGCUGGGUGACCACCCCCAUGCCUAUAUACAGCACCAUCUACCUGUUCAACUGGACUAAUCCUGAGCACCUGAAUACAGCCGGGGUAAAGCCACACUAUGAGCAGCUGGGACCCUACACUUUUAGUGACUUCAAGGUCAAGGAGGAUCUGGAGUGGAGUCAGCAGAGACCGGAGGUGACCUAUUUCGGCAAGCGCACCUGGCAUUUCCUGCCUGAAAAGUCCAAUGGCACCCUCGAGGACAUCGUGGUGGCUCCACAUUAUGUAUCGCUGACAGCUGCCUUGUAUUCGCGCCGUUAUCGUCGCACCCUGCGCAAGGUCAUGAACUUUGCCCUAAACCGCGAGGGCGGCGACACCCACAUGACCCACUCGGCGGGUGAGUGGCUCUUCGAUGGCUUCUACGACCGACUGCUGGACUUUGUGGAGCAACUCCACUCGCCCCUGCUGCCCAUUUACAGCAGCAACUUUAGCUGGUUCUACGAAAGGAACAACUCCAAGACAGCCGAGGGCAACUUUACGAUACACACAGGCCACGUCGAUCUCCGCCAGAUGGGAGAUCUCCAGCUGUGGAAUGGACAGAAUACCACAGGUUUUUACCCCGGCGAGUGCGGCAAGGUCAAUGGCAGCACGGGGGAAUUAUGGUCGCCGGAGAGAAGGUGGGACCAGCCCACAUCCAUUUUCCUCAAGGAUGCCGCCCGGUAUUUAAAUCUCUUUCCCCAGGAAAACCUCACCAUUGAUGGCAUUCCCGUGUGGCGCUACGAGUCCACCAAUCUCACCCUGGACAACGGCCAGCUGUCGCCGGACACUAAGUGCUUUUGCCUGAAGAAUCGUGAGUGUCCACGCAACGGAGUCCUUGACUAUGGACCACCUGCCUUUAAUGGUCCAUUCUACAUGUCACAUCCGCACUUUUACUUGGCUGACGAACUCUAUCGAGAGAAUACGACGGGUCUGCGGCCCAAGGAGUCGGAGCACGGCAUGUUUGUGAUAAUGGAGCCCACUAUGGGCAUUCCGCUUAGCCUGAGGGGACAGCUUAUGGUUAGUGUCCAUGUGGAGCGAGACGAGGCAAUUGAUUUCUUCAAAGAUGUGGCCUACAAUCACUAUGCACCGCUUUUUACCAUGCAAAUCCAUGCUGAAUUGGAUGACAGCCUCACAAGCUUACUCAAGCUGGCAUUGAAUGUUGCCAAAAUUGGGCAGUAUGUGGGAAUUGCUUUACUGCUGCUGGGACUCUUGGCAAUCACAGUUGUCGUAUUUGUCACAAAGAAUCACAAAUGGCACGGCGAACAAAGGCCCAAAGUGGCAGACAAGAAAGCCAACUGCACUUGAACUCACCCCUGAUAAGACAGUUAACGCCAACAAAGCCCUAUUCGUUAUCUGGCUUAAUCACCAGAAAUAUUCCUGCCUAGAUUUUGAGUUGGCUAUAAUCAGUCAGUCAGUCAGUCAGUCAGGCAGUCAGGGCCAUGGGCCAGGGGCCAUAAAAAAUGCAAAUUACAUAGCCCCCAGCCCGUGGAGCGGAUUAUCCAAUUUCGUUCAGGUGUUGCCCAGCUGAAGGCAUCUAGAAUUACACAGAAUUAUGGCCUUUCAAAUAUACUACAAUUUAUUAAUAUGUUAAUAAUUGUUUUUUGCCAUCGGUUCGUGUGGCGGCAAAGCCUUGAGCGCACGUAAGCUGCAUACUUUAUGGCGUACGAACUCUUUCACCAGGCAAAAGGCAGCAGCAAAUACCAAACUGGAAAUUUGAAAAAUGCCAAAAGAAUAUUAUAAGCGACUAAUUUAUAUGCGCCAAGCACGCAAACUUACGUUUUGCACACACACAUUGUUUGUGAAAGGACGAAAGGAGCCGGUUAAACAAUGUACGAAAAUGUGGAAAUAUGAAAAUUAUAUGGCUGCCAGUAUGUGUCGGCCAUAACUUUAACAAAAUCUCA